GCUACAGCCGUUGCCUAGAAACGUUUGUCAACAUUAGCUGACUGCUAGCUAAAACGUUCAACAUUCAAGGUAGGUUAGUUGUCACCAUGUCGGUGCCGUUCGGUGACGCGCACCUGAGAAUUCCGCGGGGAUUUGGUGCCAUCCUAGAAUGCCUGGCCCGGGAAAUUCUACGGGACCAGCCUGGAGACAUUCCCAAAUAUGCUGCCCUCUACUUCAAAAACCUCCUCAAGCAACGAGAAGAAAGUGGCGUGGACCCAUCUGAGUGGGCUGGCAGCCUGGAAGAUAGAUAUGAGUUUAACCGUGCAUUUCAGACUAUUUCUGAGCAAGAGCCUGCGACAGAAGUUCCCAUAUCUAAAGAUAAACCGCCUGACUCUUCAGCAGAGGAUCAGUCAACACAUACUGCUGAGGCCACACAAGUCUCAGCGCCGGCUUCUGAUCAAGUUGAUCUGACGGACAAUGCUAAAAACGAUGCUGUACCUCCAUCUGAGCCCACUGAUACAGGAGGAGAGACACAAGCUGGAGCAUCAGAGGAAAAAGGGAAUGCUGAAGCUGAAGAACCAGGAGAGGCUUUGGUGCAGUCUGAUCUUGUUGGGGCGGACACUGACGUGGACGCUGAGACGGAAGCUGAGACUGAAGCUGAGACUGAAGCUGAGACGGAAGCUGAGACUGAAGCUGAGACAGAAGCUGAGACAGAAGCUGAGACGGAAGCUGAGACAGACGCUGAGGUGGAGGCAGAUGUGGAUGCUGAGACUGAUACUAAGGUGAACGCUGAAGUAGGUGGUGAGGUGGAUGCUGAAACUGAGGCUGAAGUGGAUGCUAACGCGGACGCUGAGGCCGGAGCUGACGUAGAAGCUCAUGUAGAAGCUGAGGCGGAAGCUGAGGCGGAAGCUGAGACGGAAGCUGAGGCGGAAGCUGAGGCGGAAGCUGAGGCGGAAGCUGAGGCGGAAACUGAGAUGAAAGCUGAGGCUGAAGCUGAAACUGAGGCGGAAGCUGAGGCUGAAACUGAGGCUGAGGCUGAGGUAAAAGCUGAGAUGGAAGCUGAGGUAGAAGCUUCAGAGCAGGAAAGACCAGAGGCAACCGCAGAGGAAGUCCAGGCUGAUGAUGGUAAAGAAGAUGAGGUUGAUAAUUCACAGGCCGUUGAUGAGGAGAACCCGCAAAUCCAGUCUGAAGAAACCGAAGGAAUCCAAGUUCAAAGCGAAACCCUCGAUGAGGAGCAAGAAGCUGGAGAUCAGGAUGGAGGGACAACUGAAGAGGGCGGAGCAGGUUUGGAGGCCGCUAACGAGGAAGAGGAAGGCAAUGUGGACAGCAGCAAAGGUUUGGUUGAGGUUGACUUUGAGGAGAUCCCAGAGGCUCAGCAAAGUGAUGACAUGGAGCAGAAGCCAGAAGAAGACAAAGGUCCAGAAGAGGUUACAGAGAUGGGGGGUCCUGAAGAGCAAGGCAACGAUGAGCCUGGAUUAGAGGGAGAGCAAGAUGACCAGAACAAAGAGGAAACGAAAGACGAGGCGGUUGCUGAGCACCCAGAGGAGGCGGGGCCAGAGGAUGCGACAGAAGCUGAUGAUCAACAAGGGGAUUACUACCUGAAAAGUGAGGUCGCAGACAUGGACUGCCGUAAUGAGGAACGCAGCCGGCCCCAGGAAGAGGAGGACAUCAUGGACAUCCCACUGGAUGACCCCGAGGCUAACAGGGCGGCUGCCAAGAUCCAGGCCGGCUUCCGUGGUCACAUGACCCGCAAGAAGAUGAAGCCAGAGGACAAAGCGGAAGCAGAGGAGCUGAGGGAGUCAGCUGCAUCAGCGCUUCAGAAGGCAGCGGAUGCGGCUGGAGGGGCCCAGCAGAGGGAGACAAACCUGCUUUACAUUCAGGUUUUCCAUGAAUAA